UUAUUUUGUGAGCCAGGACAAUCUAUCUCCCAAGACAAAAAGGAAACCUUAUCCUGAAUACUAAAUAUCUCAUCCACUAUAGUGAUAGGUAUCCUAUUCCUAUUCUAUAAAUCGAAACCAAACUUUCCUUAGAAGAUUAAUUCAACUCAAAAGGUCACUAACAAUACCCUUAAAAAAUGCAGACAGCUCUAACCUUUGCAACCACUACCUUUGUGCCUUUAACAACACCAAAGAGUAUCUCACAUCUUGCCACUAAUUUGAGUUUCCCUACCAAAUUGAUUGCCUCACGUUCUUCUCCACCUCGUUACACUGCAAUCAAAGUUGUAACCGACAACUCUGAUCCUUCAACAGUUGAUUACAAUUCUGCAUUCUCAGUGUUUCCAGCUGAGGCAUGUGAAACUGUUGGAGGUGAUGCUUGUUUGGCAGACAUGAAUCCUGAAGUCAAGCUGCAGCCUGAAGCAAGGAAUGAUACACCAAAGACUGCAGCUUCAGGGAACAUUGAGAGGGAAUAUCUUGAUUACAAUGAGCCUAAGACGGUUUUCCAAGCAGAGGCUUGUGAUGAUCUUGGAGGAGCUUUCUGUGAGCCUGAUUAUCAAAAGGGUGUCUACUAGAAGAAAUUGAAAAACCUUAGUAUUGCCUUCGCUAUUGAAGCUUACAACAGUUGUCACUGUGUAAUUGUAGUAUUGAUUGUAUAUAUGAAAUGAGUUGUGUUAUUUUAAUGUCAAAAUUCAGAGACAAUCUAUGUAUGUGACAUCAUAUGUGCUUUUUUCUUGAAGCAAAGAAACUUAUAUUAAGAAGGGAA